UGAGUGUAAAUUUAUAACAUUAUGCUUUGUGUUAUAUUACCCUUUAAUUAGUUUAAAAAAAAUUAAUUACCACAGCUGCGAGUUUUUUUUUUAUUAUAGCUGCUGAGAGAGUGACAGUAAAUUUGGCAUCUUCUCCCAUUUUACUGUCUUAAUCCACCGCUCUCUAUUUCUUUCCUCUUCUGGAAAGUCAUUCAAAUGUAAUGGGUUUUUUCUUAUGUUCUUGGAGCAAAUGGUGGUAGUAGAAGCUGAUCAAGUUCUAGACUAGAGGAUCUUUGUGAUGCUUGACUGCAAUAACUGUGUCAUUCUGUGGCUGGCAAAGGAUCCAAAGAUGAAGAUCUGAAUAAAUCCAGAACAUUUUUACGCGUUAUGCAAUGCCAUAGCAGGACUCACUCACCAAAAAUGUAGAAAUGCUUGAUCAGCAUCUCAAGAAAACUGUCCGCCUUCAGACAGACUAACUGGGUACAUCAUAGAGGCCAGUUGGAGACAAGAAUAUUUUAUAUUUGUAAUACAUUUCUAGAGACAAAGUUUGGUCAAGAUGUUCUCUGCUCUGAAGAAGCUGGUUGGCUCCGAGCCGACUGCUCAGGUAAAGGACAAGAACAUCCCAGCUGGUCUGCAGUCCAUGAACCAGAGUCUGCAGAGAAGGUUUGCUAAAGGGGUUCAGUACAACAUGAAGAUAGUCAUUCGGGGAGAUAGAAACACUGGAAAGAGCACUCUGUGGCAUCGGCUUCAGGGUAAGAAGUUCCAGAAAGAGUAUAUUCCCACUCAGGAGAUCCAGGCCACUAGUAUCCACUGGAAUUACAAAACUACUGAUGAUGUGGUGAAGGUGGAGGUAUGGGACGUGGUGGAUAAAGGCCAAAAAAUCCCUCUUCCUGAAGGUGUAGGCAAGGGUAAAAAGAGAAGUGAUACAUUAAAGUUGGAGAAUGAACCUCCAGAGCAGACGGAAGGUGAAUUGGCCUUGGAUGCUGAGUUUUUGGAUGUGUAUAAGAACUGCAAUGGUGUGAUCAUGAUGUUUGACAUCACCAAGCAGUGGACUUAUAAUUACAUUAUACGGGAGCUGCCUAAGGUACCCACUCAUGUGCCAGUUUGUGUGCUUGGUAAUUAUCGGGACAUGGGGGAGCACAGAGUCAUUUUACCUGAUGACAUCCGUGACUUCAUUGCUGGCCUUAACAGACAUCUUGGCUCCUCUUACAUCCAUUAUGCAGAAUCUUCCAUGAAGAACGGUUUUGGUUUGAAAUAUUUGCACCGAUUUUUCAACAUUCCAUUCUUGCAACUUCAGAGAGAGACCCUGUUACGGCAGCUAGAAACCAAUCAGUUGGACAUCGAUGCCACACUAGAGGAGCUAACUGUUCAGCAGGAGACAGAGGAUCAGAACUAUGAUAUUUUCCUGGAAAUGAACGACCCUCGUAAUAAAGGCUACAAUUCUCCUGGCCCCGCUAAUGGACAGAGCCCAUCAUCUGGCUCGCAAUCUCCCGUAGUCCCUCAGAGUGGAUGCUCCACCAGCAGCUCUAGCCCCUGUAGCCCCCAGCAGCCUCCCAUCCCCUCCCAGAACCUGAAGUCUCCAUCCCCCUCUCCGUCGCCUCCUCCUCCCCCUCUCUCCUCAGCUCAAGCGCCUGAUAACUCUCCCUCCCUUUCCCCUGCUCACCCCGACCCUGCGGUCUCUCCUCCAGCCCAGGCCUCCGCCUCUUCUCCUCAACCCCAGAAACGCAGCUUCAUCUCCAGGCUCUUCGGCUCAGCUCCAGCCCAGGAACCUUCAGCAGUCACUCAGGAGCCAGAUCCGGUAUCUUUAGCGGCUCCUCCUACAGUUCAGAGUGUGGAUGAUUUUGUGCCAGAUGAGGGACUGGACAAAAUCUUCCUGGACGACGAUCUCCCUUCUAACACAAGAUCCACUAUGAAUACCCAGCCCUCUGCUUCAGGCAUUGCAGAUAGUGACAGUGAUGGUGAAGGAAGAGACGGGAACCCCAUGGUCGCUGUGUUCCAGGAUGAUUUGGACCCAGAUGAUGCAGAAAUUGAACCCAGAGCAUCUGUUCCCUGUAAAGACUUAGAUAUCACUCUCUCCAGUGAUGAGGAGGGUCCAAACCUUGCGGUAGCUCAGGAUGAAGAUCUGGACCCUGAGCCUCACAAACACCUGGCAACUGUGGAUUCAUUAUCACUGGAAGACAAACCAAAACCCAAAAACACAGAACCCUUGAUCCAGGCCCAAGAAAGUAUCAGCAGUAAAAACUUAGAAACUUCAAUGCUUACCCCCACUCCAAUACACGCUGCUCAACCAUUGCAACCAGCAUCGCAGUCAGAAGGACUGGCAGAGCCCCAAGCACAUCUUGGAAAAAAGAAAGAGGGAUCAGCUGAAGCUGAAUCCUCUGACACAGACCCUGACGUCCCUGUGGCCAAACAGAUGCUGUCAUUUGUCAUGGACGACCCUGAGUUUGAGAGCAAGGAGGAGGUCAUUAAGAAAGUGCACAGGGACUCUUUUCCAGUCAGAUAUGACCUUCCUGAUCUGUCAGAUGAUGACAUCACCACAGUGAAGAUACCUGAGCCCUUGAAACCUACGGUACUUUCCUUCAAAAGCAAGAAUGAUGGUGACCACUUUGGCUUAGGCAUCGAGGAAAAGUCAAUUAAAAGCAAAGACAGCAGCGACGAGCAAGAUGAAAAAGAAAGCAAGCAUUCCAAGGAAAAGAAGAAAAAGAAAAAGAAGACUAAAGAGGAUGAGGAAAAAAGCAGCAAGAAGAAGGAUAAACACAAGAAAAAGGAAAGAGAUGAGGCAGGAGGAACUGGAGAUGACAAGGAGAAAAAAAAGAGAAAAUCACGGAGCAAGAAAACGGAUGAUCUUGAAGCUUUUCUGGCUGGUAAAGAAGGCUCAGUACCAAGAGAGGAGGGCGACUACGAGGAGCUGUAAUGCUCAGUUGUGCACUGUUUGCGCUGCUGAUGUCAUUGGUAUCACAAUCUUGAAAGAGUUCUUGUCAAAACCAACAAAAAUAUGCUUUCGUAGGCAGCUCAGCAUAUAACUCUUUGAUUUGACUGAUUUAAUGAUUUCCUGACAGAUUAAGAAACGCUGCACAGUGGUUUUCUGUUUGUCGCAAAUGCAACUCAAUUCACUUUCCAUACCUACAGAGGCUGGGAGGGUUGGGGUUGUCUGCACUCCGUAGGCUCAAACUGCAAUAAGUGGAACAGCCAUGCAAAACUGUUACAUCUUGCAUGUUGUACCUUUUUAAUUUUCAGGUGUAAAUGGAACAUUUUCACUUUAUCAUAACCUUGUGUUUCUUAAUAUUUACAUGCUCGCCUUUAUGUGUUUUCUACAUUUCUGUCAUGUUUGGAACACAUUCCGGAAGUGAACCACUACUACACCAAGACAAUGUUUUUAAUUGAUUUUAUUGGUUUAUUAGUUGUCUUGUGUAUGUGUAUGAAUUGGUAUUUAUGCUCAGUAGAUGUUCUGAGAACUUGGCUUUGUGUAGUUUUCCUCUGUGUGAAGUGUUUGAAAUAAAUAUGCUGUAUUUUCAUGGUUAUUUGUUUUCCCGAAGAAAACAAUAUUUUAGGAAUAUAUUGGUUAAAUCUUGCAGAUUUUGCCAAUAAAUGUCGCAGUUUUAGGCAUUCUUUCAUGAUAGAGGGGUAAUUACAAAAACAGGCAUUUCCUUUGUAUGACUACACCGUCUUUAAAUCAGGAAAUGUCUCAAAGGAGACUAUACUCAACAUUCAACACUAAAAGAGCUCAAGUAGGCCAAAUAAUGAAUGUUUUUGGUUAGAAUAAUAAAAUGUACCUACAGUACUGUGUAAUUAUACAACAUUUUAUUUGACUUCUGUCUGUAAUUAUACCACUUUGAAUUCUGUAUUUGUUUGCCUUAUUUUUUAUGAUGACUGUAAAUGUCAAGAAAGAGCUAUUGUGUAAUAUUUGUCAUCAGAAUAUUUUGCCAGAAUUAUUUUUCAAUUAAAUCAGGAUUGAUUGAAAUUGCACUGUUGCUAGAAAUCUGAAUUCAAUGCAAAAACACAAUAUUUUUUGUAAUCCUUUUGCUGUUUUCUAAUAGAACCAGUCCUGUGUCAUAAUUCUUUUUGGUUUCAUUUUAAAUACAGUAUUAACGGCAUGGCACUUGUAUACUUACACUAAUAAUUAAAGUCAGUAGGUAAAGACAGCAGACUUUAGUGCAACAGGCAUUUCAGUUCACAGACACGCAUUUGCUUCUACAAAGUCUUUGAAUCAGCUAGU